AUGAAGGGAAUUUAUAUCACCCUCGCUGCUCUUAUCACUGCUGCUCUCGCCGCUCCUAGGGCCCCUCAAGUUGCUAGAUCUGAGGUUGUCAAUGUUUUGAGCAAGAGAGUAUGCACUCCUCCAAGCAACUGUGAUCAUAUCACAGGUUGCGCAUACUGCUGCGCUGAUGCAGUUCGUCCCAAUGGUGCUACAUGCCAUCUUCACCUCCAUAAUGGAGAAGCCGAUGACUGCACCUACGGCGGGGUCCCCAACGCCGGUAUCGAAUGGCACUGCGACAACGACCAUGGCGAGGACGAUGAAUAG